AUGAUAUAUAGUUUAAUCAUUAUUUUUACUUUAUUAAAUAUUCUUGGACAUAGUCGUAUUAUACCAGAAAAAAAUAUAAUUCAUUCUAAUAGACUAUCAUAUUUACGUCGAUGGGGACGAUGGUGUUCAAAUGAUUAUGAAUGUGGUCAUGGUUUUUGUCAAGCUUAUAAGUGUCAAUGUUAUCGUGGAUAUAUAACAUGGAAAUUUAUGGAUGUUUGUAAUUAUAAACAACGAACAAAAUUAACAGCGUUUCUUGUAUCUUUUUUUGUGGGUAUAUCUGGUAUUGAUUGGUUUAUUUUAUCACAAGGUAAAGCUGGUUAUAUUAUUGCUGGUAUUAUUAAAUUAAUUAUUUCAUUGGGAUGUAUUACUGCAUGGCCUGUAAUUAUUUUUAAUCUAUCGAAAAAAAAGCCAAAUCUCGCUUCAAUAGCUACUCUUAUAAAUGUUACUUUUAGUCUUACAACAUUUAUAUGGUGGUUAACUGAUUGGAUUAGAGUAUUAGCUGAAGUUUUUUAUGAUGGAAAUGGAGCACCAUUACAAUCUUGGGGAUAUAAUAAUAAUAAUGAUAGAUUUCCAUAUCGUGUAUAA